AUAUACUCCUGCAGUCGAGCUGGUACAGCUACAUUUUUCUAUUGUUUUCGACAGCUGCCUGCUUAGUGACUCUUUACAAUUGCUCAUCUAGGCAUUAACAUUUUAUUUUUCCCCUUGCCUUAUCCAAAAGGGUUCCACAAAACUGGAAAUACGUUUUCAACCUGCCCAGUGAUAAAUACCGGAAGGUAUUUGGAUUCGCAACAAAGUGCUCUCUGAUCGCAUGUCAUAAACGCAGCCUGGGCAAUACCCACCAAUGCGCUCACCAUCCUACGAACGAGGACAGGAACGAGUUCCGCCCCCUCGGCAUUCCGUAUCACCUCAGAGAAAAUCCAGGUCUCGGAGUCCUGGUCGAAAUCCGUCCCUCUCACCAAAACCAGACCACCGCAAUGGCCGCCGUUCUAGAAGUUGGACCCGCUCCCCUUCACGAUCUCGAAGCCGAAGUCUGGGCUUUCGACGGGAUAGGAGCAGAAGCAGGAGCAGAAGCGCGAGCAUAAGCCGAAGCCGAAGCAGGAGCAGGAGCAGGAGCAGGAGCAAGAGCAUCCGUCGGUCUCGCAGUCCGGUCAAUUCUCUCCCAAGGAGCUCUAAAAUUGUCAUCGAAAAGUUGACGAAAAAUGUAACCGAGUCGCAUGUCCGGGAGAUAUUUGAGAGCUUUGGCGAUAUACAGAGUCUUGAACUUCCCAUGAACAAAGCGUUCAUGACAAACAGGGGCACCGCCUAUGUAUUGUACCAUGAUCCAGCAGAUGCCGAGGCAGCCAUUGCACACAUGCACGAAGCUCAGCUCGACGGCGCUGUUUUAAAUGUGUCUAUCGUUCUCCCGAGAAGGGCUUUCUCUCGGUCACCUCCCCCUGAACGCGGAAGCAGAGGUAGUUUCGGCCGUCAAGCACCUGGCCGUGGCCCAUCUCGAGGGGACGGUCGUUCCUCUCAACUUCCUCCACACAACCACCGAUCCUCGAGGGGUUACGGUCGUUCGCGGCACAUGGAAAGGCAUGACAUUUACAGACCACGAUCCUUAUCUCGUUCCCGGUCGCCACGCCGUUCCCGUUCACUAGCUUCGGAGUCAGUGUCCCCACCACGCACUCGUCCGCGUGUGGAUAAUUCUCGACACAGACGUCGCAGUCCGAGUUACAGCAGCUAUGGAAGCAGCUACAGUGGCAGGAGUAGAAGCCCAAGUAGAAACAGAGGCCGUGACCGGUAUGAUAAUGGAAGAAUGUAAAUUAUGUUGAUGUGUGGCAUCGAAACUUGGCGGGCUUCUCUGUGCAUGUACCCUUUUAUGUACCUGCAUUUCCUUUCUUAAUAUCCUAGCCAGGCUACCUUCAGAACAAAAAGAAUGAACUGGGAAAGGCCACAAACGCCCAAAGAGGAAUUGUCCGAAUUCGCACAACGUUAUUUGGUGCUGCGUGAUGAUGAUCCGUCCACCCCAUGCUUAAUGCCGCACAAUACCCAUUAAUACGAAAGAGUGUGAUCAGAUAGUCACUUCAAAUUCAAAAGAAUGAACACCAACCAAUAUACAUUGCAGCCAGAUUUUUAUGGUCGGUGGCUUGCAUUAUCAGUUCAUCCACGUGGCCAUCAACGGACAAGGGAACAGACUCCCCGGGUAACAGGCCUCGAAGUUUGUUGCGAACAUUCUCCAAAACACCUGCAGGUGUUUCUGGAACAUUUGCCUGAGCACGGCGCUUUUUACCAAUGAAGUCCGUUGUCGGAUCAUGCAGGAAUGUUUCCAGGAUUGUCAUGAGUGCAUCUUCGUUCUGGCGCAAUAUGUCGAGGCUGAUUUCACAUGUUUUACGAAAUGGCCCUACCAAUUGGGUCAGUCAACGUCCUAUAUUAGGCUGGUAACUUGUGUGACUCUGGGUCGAGGGCUUUUGCAUACCAUUAUAUCCGUAAGCACCAAA